CAAGCACCCUCACCAGCUGGGAUUGAGUUCGCCGGAACCCCACUCUUAGAACUUCUGCUUCCGGGUCAGAGCCAUGGCGGUGGCAAAUUCAAGCCCUGUCAACCCCGUGGUUUUCUUUGAUGUCAGCAUCGGUGGCCAGGAAGUUGGUCGUAUGAAGAUCGAGCUCUUUGCAGACGUUGUGCCUAAAACAGCCGAGAACUUUAGGCAGUUCUGCACUGGAGAAUUCAGAAAAGAUGGGGUUCCUAUUGGAUACAAAGGGAGCACCUUCCAUAGGGUUAUAAAGGAUUUCAUGAUUCAGGGUGGAGAUUUUGUUAAUGGAGAUGGUACUGGAGUUGCCAGUAUUUACCGAGGGCCAUUUGCAGAUGAAAAUUUUAAACUCAGACACUCAGCUCCAGGCCUGCUUUCCAUGGCAAACAGUGGUCCCAGUACAAAUGGCUGCCAGUUCUUCAUCACCUGCUCUAAGUGUGAUUGGUUGGAUGGAAAGCAUGUAGUGUUUGGAAAAAUCAUUGAUGGACUUUUAGUCAUGAGGAAGAUUGAGAAUGUUCCUACAGGCCCCAACAAUAAGCCCAAGCUGCCAGUUGUGAUCUCACAGUGUGGGGAAAUGUAGUCAGAAGCAAUACUGAAACAGGCUUUCCCUUGCUCGAAGUGAUGCUCGAGUAAAGUCAUCUGGAUAGUGACCCCUGUGACUGCUUCCCUGACUGCUGCUGAUCAAGAGACAUUGGAAGUAUCACAGAUUCAAAGCUCAAGAUCUUGUUUGUUUUAAACUGUAAAUAAAGAUUUAUUUUGUAUGUGUUA